AUGGCGUCGGAGGCAGUCCCACCAUUGACGUCGGAGCCAGUCCUACUAUUGAUGUCGGAGCCAAUCCAAGAAAACGAUGGGGCCGGAGCCAGUCACACCACCCAGGAAGAUAAUGUCGUCGAUCUCAUAUCUCUACAACCUAAAGAUAUUAAAAAAAUGAAGUUUGAUAAUACAGAAGAAGCCUAUGAUUUCUACAUGGACUACGGGUUGGUCAAAGGCUUUGACAUCAGAAAAUCAGACAUUGGUCAUGAUAAGAACCAGGUGAUGAUAUGGCGAGACUAUGUAUGCUCUGGUGAGGGAAAGAGGCGCAUGAAAAGCACAGAACGAAAGAGAGAAGCAAGAGGGGGAGACCAGAUUUAA